UAAACACAUGGACGUGUGUUUACUAUCCAGCGUUUGCUCCGACAACUUUCCCAACGCUUGUCCUCAUGGAAACCAUAUUUCUUUCCAGAUUUUUCAGAAUAGAGCCCUGAAGACACGCUCACACAAGGCAGUCUACUGUACUCCGACCCUGAAAGCAUCACCGCUGCCAUGCACAGGCUUGUUUCCAUUGCCCUGCUAUUCCUGGGUGCCAGUUUGGCUGCUUCCCUCUUCCUUCCUGACUCUCUGGAGCUGAGGCAACUGAUGCAACGCUACCAGGACGAGCUGGAGCCCAACGACACAAAAGCUGAUGCGCCUUUACGCACUCGCAGAGCCAUCAGGUGGUCAGACAGAGAGGAGAUCCUGCAACUGCACAACAAGCUGAGAGGAGAGGUGUACCCGACCGCCUCCAACAUGGAGUACAUGGUUUGGGACGAUGAACUGGAGAAGUCAGCGACCUACUGGGCAGAACAGUGCCAGUGGGAACAUGGACCUAAAGACCUACUGAUGUCCAUCGGGCAGAACCUGGCAGUGCACUGGGGAAGGUACCGCUCUCCGGCCUACCAUGUGCAGGCCUGGUACGACGAGGUGAAGGACUACACCUACCCUUACCCACAUGAGUGUAACCCCUGGUGCCCUGAGCGCUGCUCUGGACCCAUGUGCACCCACUACACACAACUGGUCUGGGCCACGACCAACCGUGUCGGCUGUGCUGUUCACACGUGUCCCCGUAUGAACGUAUGGGGAGAAAUCUGGGAGAAUGCCAUCUAUCUCGUCUGCAACUACUCACCCAAGGGGAACUGGAUCGGGGAAGCCCCUUACCAACAUGGCCGCCCCUGUUCCCAGUGCCCACCAAGCUAUGGAGGAGGAUGCAGAGACAACCUCUGCUACAAGGGAGAGCCUGAACGUCAUGAGUCUCCAGAUAUGAAUGAGGUGGAGAAGCCGCAGGAGCCAGUACAGCCUCGAACUACUCCAACUAAGCCUCAGUCCAAACCCUCUUUGCCCCAAAAACCUGCAAAUGCCAAUCCUUCCUCAACCAAGACUACAAGAACUACCUAUCUAGCACAAAACAUUAAGUGUGAGACAAAAAUGAGGGACAAAUGUAAAGGAGCAGCCUGCAACAGGUACAACUGCCCAGGAAACUGCUUAAAUAAGAAGGGGAAAGUGUGGGGAACACUGUACUAUGAUGUUCAAUCGAGUAUUUGCCGUGCUGCUAUCCACUAUGGAAUAAUUGACAACAAUGGAGGCCUUGUGGAUGUUACAAGAAAAGACAACUUCCCAUUCUUUGUAAAGGCAACCAAGAAUGGCGUAGAAUCAUUCAGUAAAUACAAACCUGGCAAUGCAUUUACAGUGUCGAGAGUGGAAGAGCAAACAAUAGACUGCUACACAACAGUGGCUGAGAUUUGUCCCUUCAAGGCAUCCACCUCUCAUUGUCCAAGAGUCUUCUGCCCAGCUAAUUGCAUAAACGAACCGUCAUAUUGGGCUCCAGUGGUUGGCAGCAACAUCUACGGAGAUGGCUCCAGUAUCUGCCGAGCAGCUCUCCACGCUGGAGUGAUCAAAGCCAGCGGCGGCUAUGUGGACCUCCUGGCUCUGGAUAAGAGGAAAAGCUACACCGGGACCUUGAAGAAUGGCAUCCAGUCCGAGAGUAAAACCAAUACAGAAGGCGGUUCGUUCCGUGUCUUCGCUGUUAGAGAGUGAGACGGCACUGACGGGAUAAAAAAGUCGAAAGUCAGGAUAUAUCAAAUGAAAUGCAACUUUUGGACGAAAGAGACAUUUACAGAAGACCAACGGAUCUGUCAAAGUCUGCUAGCUCAAUCCAUGGGCUUCCAAAGGUUUUAUAUACAAUUGUGAACAAUAUUUUUGACCACACAUGCAACUCUUAACAGAAUGCAGUGUGGUAGAAAUGGUAUUUUAACAGCGGUGCUGGUUUUAAUCGUUGUUGUUUUUUAGAUCCAAGUAAGUCCGUUUAUUUUUUCGAUUAUAUUCUAUUAGUCUUGAAUACAAGCAAAUUCUCUCAUUUCCAUACAAAAUGCAUAUUGAUUACACUGCAUUUAAUCUGUACAGAUGUUUUGUUGAUUUAUCAGGCUCGUUGCGUGUUUCUCAUUUUUUGCUUUAUUUCAUAAAUCAUUUUUGGAAGCCGGAGCUGGAAUAGAACAGUGUGUAAUAGUCACACUCACUUUUUUGCUUUGAGAGUUAUUGUUCCCAUUCAGUUUAUCUAUAGUAACAAAAUCCAACCAUCUCCACGAUGAAUCAUAAAAUUACAAACAUAAUAUGAAAAUAUAAUUCUGAGCUCAGAGCUCAUGGUACGUCUGUCUCAAAAGUUUAUGCUUUAUUGUUAAAAUCAAUUGCUCUAUGAGGAAAAUGAGUGGGAUUUUUACUUCCGGAAACUUUUGCGCUCUAUUGCAAUAGUAGUUGAGUGCAGUGGGGGGGGGGUUUAUUGGACCUGAAGUGGGCAAACAGAUGCUUCGCAGAGAAAUGGCAAAGAAACAGAGGCAAACCUCCAAGCAAAAGAAACCUUCCCUUCAUAAUGCAUGCAAGUCUUCCAGAGUCAACAGUACUCAGACAUUAUAGUAAAGGUGCACAAACACUGAAACAAUGUUCAAUCCCAGGAGGAUUCAGUCACAGAGUGCAUGUUUAGGCUCAUCUUUCAUUAUGGUACCUUCAUUUUUGUUAUUUAUUAUUAUGCCUCCUUUAACCCCUGCUCAGAACUGCAAAUUCUGUGGAACAGAACCAAAUAUUUAUGAAUGCUCGCUUGAGAAUCGAACGUCUGUCAGCGUCUAACAUAUUCCUGUUUGGUUAAAUGUUAUACACAACCCAGAGCUUGUCAUUACUGCUAAAAGCGAUUUCAUUAGAAGUUGAACUUUAUUUUUUAUUUCGCACGAAAU